AUGGACCGGCCGACAGACGCCAGUCCGCCGCCCGAACAUGCCUAUUGGGCUGAAAUUGAGGAGGAUCUGUCGGUGCCGGACGAAGCAGAGAUAGAGGAGAUUGAGUCAAAGGAAGAUAGUGGUACCUCUGCGACCAAGUAUGGCCACUGGGAAAAGACCUUCUUCCCCGACCUCGGUGACCCCGAGUACAAGCCUGUCGAAAAGGCGCGCCUAUCUUGGAAGUUGAAAGGCGUUCGAGGAACGAGGGAAUGUCCGAACUGGGCUACUGUCAUGCGCUCUCCUGCUGCGUAUGUCGGCGGUUACUGGUGGACGAUCAAGUUCUUUCCUCGCGGGAACAAGACGGAUUCAUUGAGCAUAUAUCUCGAAUGCUCGAGUACCAUACCCACCCCGGACAAGACAUUGCCCAAAAGUGAGUUCAAGGUACUCCGGGGAGUUCCUGAUGCCACCUUGAACGACUGCACUCCGGAUCUGGAGCUCAAGACCGAGAAAACAGAUGACUCAACCGCCUUGCUGGACAUGUACAAGUCCAAGUACACAAAAGCAGCAGCAGCCACGCAAGAGCGCUCCCAAGCUUGGCGAGUCGCUGCUCAAGUCGCAGUCAUCGUCUACAACCCCGACGAGCCCCGCACCGGCUGGAUGCAAUCCUCGUGUCACCAGUUCAACACCCAUAAUUUGGACUGGGGCUGGACCGACUUCCACGGCCCGUGGGACAAAAUCCACAUGCGUCAACGUGGUCAGCAUCAGCCACUCCUUCGCAACGACACCCUGGCCUUUGACGCUUAUAUCCGCAUUAUUGACGAUCCAACCCAUUCGCUUUGGUGGCAUCGCAGUACCACGGAGACUACCUGGGAUAGUCUGGGUUUAACGGGCUACCGGCCACUGGGUGACUCUGGUAUCAACCACAGUGCAGAAGUAGCGGGGCUGGCUUCUUGGUUGCACAUUGCCCCGUUUUCCAAGAUCAUUCAAAGUGUCGAUGUAUUGAAGCAUCUGACAAAUUGCGAAUUCAAGCCCAAGCCUUUGUGUGAUGUACUGCAAAGGAUCCUAUGGAAGCUGCGCUCCCGCAGUGAGUCGCAGUAUGUCGAUACCGACGUGGUCACAGCCACGCUGCGGAAUCUGAACGAGUACUCCAGCGACGUAUCUGAAUUCUGGGAACGCUUACGUCGCGGUCUCGAGCUGGAACUAGCGGGGACUAAAGCGGGCGAAGACUUUGCCAAGCUGUUCGACAGCCCCACUGUUGCACAGUUCCGAGAGGCUCUAGAACCCAUCAACACGCUUCCCCCGGAUUACAACUCGCGCAUUUGUGUCCCGGCCGAUGAAGUUAAGACAACAGGUGAAGCUCUGACGCGGUAUUUCAGCACAAAGCCAGGCCGCUGGGCCCUGCCCCCUGUCCUCAACAUCGAGCUUAACCGCCACAAACUUGACAAAGCCACAAAGCAGUGGAGCCUCCUCUACAACCGCGUCGACCUGGUCGAAGAACUGGACCUGACACGACAAGUUGCAGACGGCCAAUGCGGCCGCUACGUCUUAUAUGGUUACAUAGUCCACCGCGGUCGCCGCACCUCAGGCAAGUUCUUCAGCAUUCUCCGUCCUGGCGGUCCGGGAACGCGUUGGUUUGCAUUUGACGACGGCAGCGAUAAACGCGUCGAGUGUUUGACGCAGAAGACGGCAUUGGGUCCGCAUUUGGGCCUGGAUGCUUCCAAAAAGCCAGACCAGAAGACUGGCCACGAUGUUGCUGUUGUGGUCAUGUAUAUCCGCAGCGAUGUCGUGGGCGAAUUCUUGCCUGGACCGCAGAAACCGUGGGAUGCAUCGGAGGCUCUGAAGGAGUACUACGAGACGGGCAAAUACCCGUUUAACAAAACUGUGGACGGCAAACCUGCUGAAUCUGACAUCCAAGUCGAAGUAUACUCGCUGCCUAACUAUAACGAAAUGGGUAGUCUGUUCGAUACAUAUGAUCUGAUGUCUCGGGCCAAGUCCAGCAACAACGCCAUGUACCUGAGCGUACCCCGAUCGUCGACGUUCGUCGACCUCCGCAAGAAGGUGACUCUAUGGAAGUCUUCAGGUGGAGAUGCCGUCCCAUCAGAGCACAUUCGUCUCUGGCAAAUCGGCCACACACUUGAACGUCAUGGACCAACACUUGCAUUCACCCGUGUUUCGAACCUCAAUGGCACAUUGGAUCUACCAGCAAAGGUAGCGCGUUUCUGGAUGCAGAUUGUGUCAGAUGAAGAGGCCAAAUACUUCGCCAUGCCGGAUCCGCCACAGACUGUUAUUUCAACGCAGAAGCCUCAGCCUGCGGGAGUUGUCGAGCAAAGGUCUUCGGAGUCUAUUCAUGAAGUGGACGACUCCGCUGAUCCGGCUUUGCCUGAGCGGCGGUCUGAGGGUGCUAGCGACAAUGGACAACUAUCUGCUCCUACGCCUCCGUCAUCGGUGGAAGAGAAUCCUGACAGUGACGCUGAUUUUGCUCGGAUGGUUGCUAGUGAAAUCCGGCAAAUGGAUGUGGCUGCGGCGUCUGAGGCUGCACAGCAGCAGCGGGAACCUUUAACUCCUGCUGAGCCAGCUACUGAAUUGACAAUCCAGACCCGCCCUGCUAUUGAAGAAGCAUCCGAACCCGCUUCUGCAGUCCAGCUACCAGUACCCCACGUCUACUACUUCCUCCAGCUCUUUGACCCCGACACCCAAGCCCUCCGCACAAUGGGCACAUUCUUCUCCUGCGCAAACGAAAACAUCAAAUCUGCCCUUCGUAGCCACCUCCCCAACCCACCCAAAAACAUCAUCAUUUAUCAGCGCAGCGAAACAACAGUCCUGACUUCCCUAUCGGCCAGCGAAGCAUUCAGUCCCACCUCCACCCCCGACGGCACCACCUUCAUCGUCAGCGAGCACUUGUCCGCAGAAAAGCGCACACAACUCCACACAUCCGGCAACUUCUCAAAUCCGGGUUCCCUGAUAACCUACCUCUGGGCCCUAUCCCGCUCCCACCCAACGCAAUCCUUCACAGGAACAAUCACCCUCCCCGCCUCCUUCAGCAACGACUCCUACACCGGCACCCUUCUAAAGGGCCACUACCACGGCUCCGGCACCCACAUCACCCCCCUCGGCUCCGCCUACACCGGCACAUUCAUAUUCUCCCUCCGCCACGGCCACGGCACCAUGACAUACCCCUCCGGCGACACCUACGAAGGAUCAUGGGCGCACGACGUGCCCCACGGUCAGGGCACAUAUAUUGAAGCCAAGACGGGAAACAAGUAUGUCGGCGGGUAUAAAGAUGGUAAAAGAAGCGGGAAGGGGGUGAGCUAUUGGGAGGUUGCGGAUGAGGAGGCGGAUUUGUGUUCGAUUUGUUACGAGGGGGAGAAGGAUGCUGUGUUUAUUGAUUGUGGACAUGUUUGUGCUUGCGUGGGGUGUGCUGAGUUGGUGAAUUUGUGUCCGAUUUGUAGGAGGGUGGUCAAGAAGGUUGUUAGGAUUUAUAGGACUUGA